CUGGGGCAGAGGCGUAAGAAACCAUACAUUCGACGAUGGAUGGGUCUAUCGCUUUCCGCACGACUGAUCGGGGAGUAGUGAACACCACUCAGCUCGCAGCGUAAAAGAAGCCGCCGAUUCCCCCAUUUGGAAAAGCCCCCGAACGAGUCAGUAGCGCCGUCCUUCAACAACGAUGAAGAAGUGCGUGCGCUGGUCGACCGUCACCGUGUACGAAUUCGGUGUCGGAUUGGGAGGCAGUGCCGUGCCGAAGCAUGGCGGGCCUUCCAUCGGCCUCGCGAGUAAACCUCUCUGUGUAUGGAGCACGCCACUAGACGAUGCCUCCCUGGCGGAGCGCGACGACGUGGAGGACGAGACGAUGCCCUCCCCGCCCAGGACGAAGAAGACAAAGAGUGACAAACCCAAGCGCGCACAGAGACGCCGCAAGGUGCGCUGGCUCAAGCCGCUGGAGCGCGUGACGAUGCUCACCAAGGCCGGCUGCAGUGAGAAGCGCAUCUACCGUAUGAUGAUGGAGUCGUCCGAGAUCGCCAUGUCUCGACGACUUACGCUUCGAGUGCUGGACAUUUAAUUUCGUAUUUGAGGUCGUUUGUCCCUGUCCAAGCGCGCUGCAAGGAUAGACGGAGAGGAGGGCUCACUCGCGCUGAGUGUAUCAACAAGUUUGAGAGCGAUCGAGCGGAAAGCGAGUGAGCGGAAAGCGAGUGAGCGGAAAGCGAGUGACGAGCACUCGCUGAUGGGGGCAGGAAUUUGUACCAUAACCAUAAUUUACAAGAAGGU